AUGGUGGAACGUACAGCAUACUACCCAUGCAACUCUGCAAGAGGAGAUUUCAAGACAACGCUCCAUCGUUCUAUUGCUCUCGCCCUCUUUUCUCUCUUCUUCUCUCCGUUUUCCUCCAUUUUCACACUCUUCUUCUUUCUUCCUCUCCGCUGUGCCCAGCUCCUGACCAAGCACCCAGCGAAGCGACUGGGCGGAGGGGAGGAGGGGGAGAAAGAGAUACGGGAGCAUCCCUUCUUCCGUUGGAUGGACUGGGACCGACUGGAGAGAAUGGAGAUACAGCCUCCCUUCAAACCCAGAACUGGUGGGAAGAAAGGGGAGAACUUUGACAAGUUCUUCACGGCGGCUCCGUCCGUGCUGACACCCUCUGACCCUGACGUUCUGGCGGCCAUUGACCAGGAAGACUUCCUGGGCUUCUCCUUCAUUAACCCUGAGCUCGCCCCCCCGACCCUCACUGCCAUCUGAGGGGGGGGGGGCAGCUCUCUCUCUCCACCCACACUUUUUUGAAGGGCACAACUCUGUUUCGCUCUACUCUCCUCUCUUUCGGAGGGGACAGCUCUCUGUAUUUUUAUCCUCUUCUCUUGGUCUGAAGGGAGCAGCUCUGUCUCUCUCUAUCCUCUCUGUUUGAGGGGGAGGGAGCAGCUCUGUCUCUCUCUAUCCUCUCUGUUUGAGGGGGAGGGAGCAGCUCUGUCUCUCUCUAUCCUCUCUGUUUGAGGGGGAGGGAGCAGCUCUGUCUCUCUCUAUCCUCUCUGUUUGAGGGGGGAGGGAGCAGCUCUGUCUCUCUCUAUCCUCUCUGUUUGAGGGGGGAGGGAGCAUCUCUGUCUCUCUCUAUCCUCUCUGUUUGAGGGGGAGGGAGCAGCUCUGUCUCUCUCUAUCCUCUCUGUUUGAGGGGGGAGGGAGAGCUCCCCCCACAUUUCCCUCACCGUCUAACAGUCAUUUUCUAAAGAAAAUAAGUUCAAAAACAGAGAAUAGCACACAAUUUAAACACAAACAAUCAGUAUACACAACCUACAGAUAACUCUCCCUCUCUGCUAUACUCUAGAGCCUGGGUUCAUGGCUUAUUUUUCAGAGGAAAAUCUGUGUGAUACAGGGAUGAAUGGCAGAUUAGCGGUAAAAGUCAAAUAACACAUUUAGUUGAUGCAAUGCAUACAAAACAACAUUACUUUUAUUUAAAGUUGAUGCAGUUAUUAGUAAACAGAUACUGUAAGAUGACACUGAAUCUGACUUAAAUCUAUAGUGAUUAUAAGGUAAAUGUAUUUUAUGACAUGGUAUCAUGCUAUUGUAGUAUUAAUAUCAGAUGUAUUACAUAGAAAUACAGCUAGAGCUGUCUAUAUCCCAAAUGUAUAAUCUAUUACUUAUGAAAUUAAUUACCUCUGAUAUUAUGUGAAGCAGUAUUUCUUGUGUCAUGUAAUAUCAUAUUGUGUUCUAUUACAUUGUUCUAUUAUAUUAUUACCAAAAAUUGCUCCUUGUUUUGUGUUUCCAAUUUAACUUCAAUUCAUUGAUGAUAUAAUUGUGAUAUAUAGCUAGAAACCUAGAAGAUGGGUAAAAAAUCAAAUCAAUCAUUAUAAAUUACUGCUUGAAGAAAAGUUGCUCCUAAUCAGUGAUCUGGGAUCAGAUUCCCCUACCUACCCCCAGUCCUAACUUUAACCAUUAGACCUGAGGUGAAUGGUAACCAUUCAUGAAAAUGAAACCAUCUAACCCUUUGUUCUGCGGUUAAGGGUGACUUUAACUAACUACAUGAUUACUUACUCUCCCAUCUCCAUCAACAAAUAAAUGAUUUUCCACCAGA